AUGUCCGAGAAUAUCCUCUUCGAGAAUAGCUUCAAGAUCACCGACCUCAACGACACCAAGUAUGACAGAGUCUCUCGCAUCAAAGCCUACAGCGAGGGCGAGCAGGAAGUCCUUCUGACCCUCGACGUCAACACGGAACUGUACCCCCUGAACGUCGACGACCGCAUGACGGUCGCGCUGGCCCUCUCCCUCAACCUGGACGGGAGCAAAGACGACGGGAAAGGAUGGAGAGAAAUCGGGAGGGGAGAGCAGACGCUCGCCGACGAGUUCGACUAUGUCUGCCACGGAAAGAUCUACAGAUUCGAGGAAGGUAGCGGAGACAACAUCAAGCUAUACGUCUCCUUCGGCGGCCUGCUGCUCUACAUGGACGGCCCGUACGCACUGCUCAACGCCCUGAGAAUCGACUACGUGUACCUUUUGAUGAAGAAAUGA